UCCACGCAGAUCUCAUCCUCUCCCACAACCAACGUUGUUUCCCCUUUAUCUUCUUCUCCUUUGUACGGCUCCACUCAGGAAACAAAUCACCAUAUUCAUCUCCGCAUCAGCCGUUGCACAGCUACGGGAAGAUCCUCGCCUUCAGAAGCGCCAGGGGUGCUGAUGGCGUCGUACCACUGCCGGACAAGCCUUCGUUGGUCGUCGCCGGCAGAGCCGCACGCGGUUGCCGAUCGGUCCACGUGAUCACCGCCCUUAAAUUGAUUCUUGCUGCAGAUGAAUCGAGCCCCGCAAACUACGCUGGACCAAGCCCCGUGCCCCGAUGUCCACCAAAGCUCCCGAUGAGUCACAUGCGCCACCAUCGGCGUCCUCCUCCAACAUCGCCUGCACCAAAGGAAAGCCUUUUUCUGAAGAACAUCCCUCCUACUCCUUCCUUGGCCAUGGUCUCAUGGUUGUCACCGGAGAGACAGACGCUGCUGCCGAUGCGGUGGGUUCCUGACUUCCAGACAAAAAGGGGAACUGAAGUCACUGAAACCACUAGCAAGAAAAAAGAAGUUGCUGAAAUUUUGCAACUAUUUCCGUUUCUUCAUGCUUCCGGUGGACAGAUUAUAAAACAUCAUGUGCUACCUGAUUACAUCCCACACGUGCAACGGUUUGAAAGUAUAUGUGUCACAAGCUCACUUAAAGUUCACAAAAUUUCGGUUGUCUGAUUCACAAGAUGACAAAUAAAAAAGUAGUAACAGCCGGUUGAAGCAUCGGCUUGGUAAGGAGAAGGAGCACUAUUAUGGCAACGGGAUUCACACAUCUACAAUGCAGUCAGCUAUGGCAAAAAAGAUACCGGUGUAAUGACUAUUUAGGUAACACCAGAGAUCCCAAAACAAUUAAGGCCUGCAAACAUUCUAUUGAUGCUCUAAUUUUCCCUGGUGCAUUGUGUUUGCACAGAACAUAAAAUUUUAUUAACCAUGUUACCAGACCAUUCAUGAAGACAA